AUGUUUAGGCCUUCGCAACCGAUGAUGGCGCGUUUGCGCCUGACAACAAAGCAGGUCAAUGGUGGUUAUUAUAAGGGAAAUAGGACCGGCUCGAUGGGUUACUUCGCGAAGAAUGGCUCUUACGUGAUCGACUGGAAAAAAGUCCGUACUUACGUUGUACCGGAGAAUCUGGAUACCUUCAAGCUUACGCCAUUUGUGACGAAACGCAUGGCCCCGACCAAGAGCCGAUACACCAAGGAACUUGAGCGGAAUGGUACGAUAGUUACGAGUGAAAGGCCAUUUGAUGGAAAGGAGUAUCUUGACCUGUGGGCAUCCGACAAUGGUCCCGAAGUUCUCGAACAGGAGCGGCUCAGAAAUGAAUCGGCGUCUAGCGAAUCGACAUCAACUCGCCAAUAG